GCAUUGAACCCAUCGACAAUCGACAACAUCACGACCGUCACGAUGCCGAAGGAAGUCAAGCAGAAGUCUGGCCUCAUCAUCGGCCUUAACGCCGGCCACAAGGUCACCCCAAGGACCCCCGCUCCCAGGAUCUCGAGGAGGAAGGGUUUCCUGUCGAAGCGCACCGCCUUUGUCCGUGAGAUCACCAAGGAGGUUGCUGGUCUUGCCCCAUACGAGAAGCGCAUCAUCGAAUUGCUCCGAAACUCCAAGGACAAGCGUGCUCGUCGUCUAGCGAAGAAGAGGCUCGGUACCUUUGGCCGCUCAAAGAGAAAGGUCGACGAGAUGACCAAGGUUAUCGCCGAGUCGAGGCGCGCGGGUCACUAAACGGUUUCAUGCAACACGGUGGAUGAAGCAAUAUGGCGAACGAACGAGCGACUUACUUUCCGAUUUUGUCCUAGGUGUUCGGUCUCUUUUCAUAACGGGCGGCUCGACACAAUCUCGGAACGUCACGUCAUACCACAAAGAGCAUGGCACGAUUAUCGGAGUAUGGCAAUGGACAAUGAUGGUUCCUAAACGUACCUAAGCAGUGUCACUCAAAAUGAUGAAAUGUGACGAUUGGUUCACGCCGAAGCAUGUGCAGGUGCAGGUGCAAGUGCAUGAUGGGUUGCGUGCGUGAGGUGUGCAUGUUGGUGACUGUUUAGCAUGGAUGUCAAAUUCCUACUCUUGGCC